AUGGCAGAGAUUCUUCCCGCUGUAUUGGGCGGUAGUGGCUCCGAACCGGAAGAUGUGCCUGCAAAACCGUUGAAACGGCCAGCUUCCAGCAAGGCCUCAGCCACCAAGUCCCGGCCUACGCCGAAAGCGCCAACAAAGAAAGUGACUCCAGACACUCCGCAGAAAGAAGAGGAGGACCAGGAGGAAGCAGAUGGAGAAAACUCUGAUGAGCCCACCCCCAAAGAAACGAAAGCGAAGAAACCAAAGUCAAAGGCAAAGGCCAAAUCGACUCCCAAGGCAAAGAGCAAAACAGGUGCAACCAAAACAAAGCAAACACCGAUGAAGCGACCUGCAGCUGCAACGGCAACCGAAGAACCUGCAGCAAGCCCUGACACCACUGAAGAAGACCCGCCCAAGACCCCCAAGACUGCGAAAGGGAAAAAUGCAUGUGGCAAAGCCAAGGCAAAGGCAAAGGGAAAGAGAGUCGCCGCUGCAGACAAACUUCCUGGAACCCGUGUCAAAGGCGAAAGUGACACCCUGAGCGCCCCAUACUACUACAAGGGGUCGAAUAUUUGGGGGGUGAAGCUGAACAAUGUGGAGAUCUUGAAGAUUGGCGGAAAGCUCAUCCCGAAGGAAGAGAGUGAGAAAGCGAUCGGUAUUAUCCACAAUCACUUCAACACUGGCGAUAACUUGGGCUUUUGCCGCGAACUGCAGGCCAGCCUGAAAGAACAGUUGGUUGCCAAGAGCCAAGGCCAAGAGGCUGAGCAGCCAGGCAAGUCGCAGGCUGCGUCAGCUUCCGAUGCUCCGCCACCUGAAUCGGCGCACGACCCAGAGGAGGAAUGUGUUGCUGCUGAGAUGGCCGAGGAAGAGAACCAAGAAAAUGAUCCUGAAGUUGCAAUCAAGGCCAUUGCCCGAAAAACUUUACUUGAAGGCGAAACUGUCGAGCAUUGCCGAAUGCUUGUAGCCGAACUCCAAAAGGAAUCCCACAAGAAGCAACUCUCCACUGCGUGCUACAGUCCCUCAACGUCUGCAAUGUCCUAUCGAAACGAGGUGAGUGGUUCCUCUUCUGACCGAAACAAGACACAUGACAUAGCAGCUGAACGCGCAGUGGGUCCUGAUUCAGGAGCAGUUGCCCCUGACCUCAAUGUGGCUGCGGAUGACGGGUCUGAGUCCGAAGGCUCACAAAAAACGCUUCGGCUCGGUGAAAUUUAGAGAGACUGGACUUAACAGUUUGCUCAGGUGUCCUGUGAAAAAGAGAGUACUUGCUGUCAUGCUCCUCCCGUGUGAAUUGCAAAGCGCUUCACUUGAGAUGCGGGACAAAAUCAAAAACUCAUUUGUAGGGUUUUUUAAAACCAAAACCGAAGGCAAAGCAUUCAGUCAAUCUGAAACUUCCAAACUUGAG